UUGUGGCCCUGGGGGGCAGAUCAUGGAUGGGAGCAGGACAUGGAACUGGAGGGGCACAGUGCAGCAACAGCAAACGGUGGGGCUCCUAUGUGAGGGGCCACAGGGGGUGUCAGGAGAGUAUGAAAGGACUUGAAGUCAGCCUGGAGGCAGCAAAGGGCUUGGGGUGUGGGGCACAAAAGGAUUUUGGGCAGGGUGCAAGGUUUGAGUGGGGGAUGGCCGGCUGUGGGCAUAGGGGGCUGUUUUUGUUCCCCCCUUUGGUGCAGUGGAGCCAUUGUGGUGGCUGGAGCUGGGGCUGUGACAUCACAGCGGUGCUGGGGUUGGGGGAGCCACAUGCUGCAUUCUAACAUCGGCGGUAAUGGGGUUUAGAGGCCAUGUCCUGCACUCAACUCGACUUCAGUCCCCAGCAGGACAGGGGAAGAAGACAACCCACGUGGCACAGAGGAGGAAGAGCCACCCAGAGCUCCUUCCAUCCUCAGGCAACCAUGAGAUAUUGUGACAUAGAGAGCAGCACUGCAGGCACACAGCCCCCUGGACAGGGACGCUUGAGCAGGGUACACUCCAGCUACCCCAUGGCCCAGCUUGCUUGGGACAAGGGCACAGUGGGGCAUCCUGGGACUGUGCGGUGCAGCCGGGACACUGGUAUGAGGCUCAGCAGGCCAGAAACUGCCCUUCUGGGGGCUCGAAGCUUGGUCAGGCAGAGGCAGGCAGGUCAGUGCUUUCUUUCUCUCCAUGCCUGCCCUGUGGACAUGGGGACAGCGGGCUCAGACAGGGCUGUCCUCACAGGGCACUCAGCAGCCAUCACCAUCAGCCACCAGGUUGGCUUCCAGUGCUCGCUUAAGCUUGAGCAGCUCAGGAAGGCCAAGCUGCAUGUGGAGAGGGCCAUUAAGGAGAAGAAGAUCUUCACGGUACUGGGCCCCUACCCCAUCAUCCGCCGCCUGCUGCGAGCCCGGGGCUGGGUGGAGAGGAAGCUCCCUGGCACAGGCAGACAGCUGGAGCAGCAGCAUGGUGACCAAAACAAGCAGCGGCCGGAGACAGGGCCAAGUAAUGGUGGUGGUGGGCAGGGGGAGGCACUGCUGAACCCACAUGGUGGGGCACAGCCUUUUCUGGGGACCACAGACCCCCAGCACUACCCAUGGCUACCUGAUGAGGAGGAGGAAGAGAAGGAGGAAGAGCAGCGUGAUGAUGACCCCAACGGCAUCCAUGACCUCAUGUCCUACCUGGUGCGGGAUCGGUUGCCAAACUUCAUCUGGACCAACUUCCUUGAAGCCACUGACCGCCAGCUGCUGCAGCAGGACAACGUGGUGAACCACUACUCCCGGGUGGAUGCAUUCACCACCAAGGAGGGGCUGUGCCUCAGCCUACAAAACCUGCCGUGGAUUGAGCAAGCUGACCCCAACACCUUCUUCCCCCGGUGCUACCGGCUGGGGAACAUGGAGGAACGAGAAGCUUUCAUUGAUGAUUUCCGCCUGACAGCAGCGCGUAGCCUGCUCAAACUGGCCCUGGAGGAGGCUGGGGACGUGCCAGUGAGGACUGAGCAGGUCCCAAACUCUGCCAAGGGGGCAGCAUUGCAAGGCUGCCCCCUGUACCCUGAGUUGGUGGAGGAAGCCCUGGAGGUCUGUAAGCAGCACCUGAGUGUUCUGCAGCACCAGGACAUUGACAGGAACACCCCGUCCCCCUGCAGGACGUGCAUUGACUGGGACCACUUCCUGCAGGAAUACUACCGUGUGGCACAUGAGGGGGCAGAGCUGGUGCUGACCAGGCAGCAGCGGAAGCAGUGCCAGAACCUGCUGCAGCGCCUGGCAGAGCAGCUGCCCCAGCUUGACAUGGAGGGCAAGCUCAACGUCUGGAUCCUCAAGCCCGGUUCUGAAUCCCAAGGCAGGGGCAUCGUAUGCACAACGCGGCUGGAGGAGGUGCUGCAGCUGGCAUGGACCUGCACAGCACCCUCAGUGCAGGUGGGCAGGUGGGUGGUGCAGAAAUACGUGGAGCGGCUGCUGACUAUUUUUGGCACCAAAUUCGACAUCCGGCAAUGGUUUGUUGUGACUGACUGGAAGCCACUGACCGUCUGGUUCUACCAAGACUGCUACCUGCGCUUCUGCUCCUGGCCCUUCUCCCUGCAUCACCUGGAGCGUGCCAGGCACCUCUGCAACGUCUCCGUCCAGAAGUGGUACCAGACGUCACCAGACCAGGACCCCCGUGUGCCCCCUGACAAGAUCUGGUCCAACAAGCAGUUCCAGGAAUACCUGGCACAGAUAGGGCAGGCGGAUGCUUGGCACCAGGUGCUGGUGCCCGGCAUGAAGGCAGCGAUCCUGAACGCUCUGCGCAGUGCCCGGGAUCGGGUGGGCUUCCGCAAGGGCAGCUUCGAGCUCUAUGGGGCUGACUUUCUUGUUGGGGAGGACCUCCAGCCCUGGCUGCUGGAGAUCAACUCCUGCCCCACCAUGAGCCCCUCCUCAGCAGUGACCCGCCGGCUCUGUGCCAACGUCCAGCGGGACACGCUGCGCCUCGUGCUCGACCGCAAGGAAAACCCCACCUGCUCCAUUGGAGCGUUUGAGCUCAUCUACAAGGAGGCACGUGUGCCCAAGCCUCUGUCAGAGCGUGUGAAGCUGAUGGUCAAAGGCUGUUCCCUGAAGAACCUCCAGCCAGCAGAGCAGCAAGCCCAGGACCAGCCCCCCACCACAGUGGCCAAGGCCCUCCACCACCCUGUGUCCCCAGGGACCAGAGCCACCCAUGCACCCAAGCAAGCAUGGCAUCAAUGCCUCAUCACUGUGCCUUGUGGCCCCAAGCUCCCGAAGGGAGCAGAACCAGGGGGCAAAACCACCCAGGGGACCCAGAGAGCACGGCCUCCACCUCUCACCAUCACUGUGCCCAGUGCCUCCAAAUCAUCUGUGGCCCCAAGGGGCAAAACCACCCAGGUGGGGGCAAAUGCCUCCAAAUCAUCUGUGGCCCCAGGGGGCAAAACCACCCAGGGGACCCAGAGAGCACGGCCUCCACCUCUCACCAUCACUGUGCCCAGUGCCUCCAAAUCAUCUGUGGCCCCAGGGGGCAAAACCACCCAGGGGACCCAGAGAGCACGGCCUCCACCUCUCACCAUCACUGUGCCCAGUGCCUCCAAAUCAUCUGUGGCCCCAGGGGGCAAAACCACCCAGGGGACCCAGAGAGCACGGCCUCCACCUCUCACCAUCACUGUGCCCAGUGCCUCCAAAUCAUCUGUGGCCCCAGGGGGCAAAACCACCCAGGGGACCCAGAGAGCACGGCCUCCACCUCUCACCAUCACUGUGCCCAGUGCCUCCAAAUCAUCUGUGGCCCCAGGGGGCAAAACCACCCAGGGGACCCAGAGAGCACGGCCUCCACCUCUCACCAUCACUGUGCCCAGUGCCUCCAAAUCAUCUGUGGCCCCAGGGGGCAAAACCACCCAGGGGACCCAGAGAGCACGGCCUCCACCUCUCACCAUCACUGUGCCCAGUGCCUCCAAAUCAUCUGUGGCCCCAGGGGGCAAAACCACCCAGGGGACCCAGAGAGCACGGCCUCCACCUCUCACCAUCACUGUGCCCAGUGCCUCCAAAUCAUCUGUGGCCCCAGGGGGCAAAACCACCCAGGGGACCCAGAGAGCACGGCCUCCACCUCUCACCAUCACUGUGCCCAGUGCCUCCAAAUCAUCUGUGGCCCCAAGGGGCAAAACCACCCAGGUGCCCCAGAGAGAACGGCCUCAACCUCUCACCAUCGCUGUGCCCAGUGCCUCCAAGUUGUCUGUGGCCCAACGGAGCAGAACCACGCAAGUGAUCCAUCACAGAGCACCAACAGGGAAGUUGCCUCUUCUGGAGCAACAGAAAAACUGUUCUUCUCCCAGCUCUGACCCCCCAGCACCACCACAGCCUUGGGUCUCCUCUGCUGGGAGCCAGGAGCUGCCAGGGCUCGGUCUCUCACCCAGGCAGCGCCAGAUCAAUGGCUAUCCCCUGGAUUGGGUGCCUAUGCCACCACCCCGGGGAACUCCCAGCAACCCCUGGCUAUCCCAGGGUUAUGCACGCUCCUUCCCUCCUGCCAAGCCCCUGCGACAACCUCUGUCUGCAUAGAGUGCCAACACCCUGUUCCUGGAGCAGCAGCACGUGGCAGCUCUCAAUGGGAUGCAGAAGACUGAGGAUGCUGAGAGUGUUCCAGGAGUGGACAGCACCCUGCCUGUCUUUGCUGGGGAAACACUGCAGUACUAGGCUACCUCUCAUCCCAAAGAACUCCCACUGCUGUAUUGUGGUACCCACCUCCUCCCUAA